AUGAGACCAGUCACAGCUUCCCGUCCAUCUUUGCCACUAUGGAUGAUUGCACUGAUUGUGUUCGGAGUGUUGGCAAUCCUGGGAAUAACCAUUGGUCUCCUGGUUCAUUUUCUGGCAGUAGAAAACACGACUUACUAUUAUCAAGGUAGCUUCGAAGUGCUGGAUAUCCCAUACAACAGAAAUUAUCAAAGAGAGACAUCACCAGAAAAUAACUAUCUUAGCAAAAUUCUUGAGACUAAGAUGGUUGAUGCAUUUCAAAGUUCUAGCAUUUACAGACAAUAUAUCAAUUCUCAAGUCAUCACACUGGUUCCUCAUAACAACAGUCUAACUGCACAUAUAUGGCUGAUAUUCAAGGCUCCCAGAUCAAUGAAGGAAAACACCAGAAGAAGAAUUGAAAGUGUCUUACAUCAGAUGCUGAGAAACCACGCAGGCUCUCUGACUACAGAUCCUAAUUCUCUUAGGCUCAAGGAAAUCAGUAAGGUUGAUGCUGAAAAGAUUAUCAACAACCGCUGUGGGACACGAGCAAGGAUGUCAGCUACGUAUGAUAGAAUCAAAGGAGGUUCUAAUGCUCAGAAGGGAGAAUGGCCUUGGCAAGCAACUCUCAAAAAGAAUGGCCGACACUACUGCGGGGCAUCUUUGAUCAGUGAAAGACACCUGGUGACUGCAGCUCACUGCUUUCAAAAGACAAACAAUCCAAAAAACUAUACUGUCAGCUUUGGCACCAGAGUAAAUCCCCCUUAUAUGCAACAUCAUAUUCAACAAAUUACAGUUCAUGAAGACUACCUCCCGGGUGAACAUCAUGAUGAUAUUGCAAUUAUACAGCUCACCGAAAAAGUCUUAUUCAAGAAUGAUGUACAUCGAGUUUGUCUUCCUGAAGCCACACAGGUUUUUCCACCAGGUGAAGGAGUUGUUGUUACAGGAUGGGGAGCACUUUCAUAUAAUGGUAAAUACCCAGAGGUACUUCAGAAAGCAUCUGUGAAGAUUAUUGACACAAAUACCUGUAAUGCUCAGGAAGGAUAUUAUGGUAUGGUAUUGGACACAAUGCUAUGCGCUGGGUACUUGGAAGGAAAUAUCGAUGCCUGCCAGGGUGAUUCUGGAGGACCACUAGUUCAUCCUAAUUCUCGAAAUAUUUGGUACCUUGUUGGAAUAGUGAGCUGGGGAGAAGAAUGUGGUAAAAUCAAUAAGCCAGGUGUCUACAUGCGAGUGACUGCCUACCGCAACUGGAUCGCCUCCAAGACUGGUAUCUAAGAGAAAAGCAUCUUGUAGCAACUAUCUGAAGUCAUUUUCACCUAAGGUCACUCCCAACCUUAGUUAACAUGCAUUUUAAAUUAGUGUGUACAGUGGCUGUUUUGAAAGAACUGUGGUCCUGAGGGAGUAUUUAUGAACUUUAAUUUUAAGCAACUUACAAAACAACAAACCGAAUGUUUAGUCCAGAAAGGCCUAAGCAAAGAAAAUGCUCCUAUCAAAAAAAGGACUAUUCCUAUUUUACUAUUUCAUGAACCCACAUCAUGGCUAUCUCACCAUAGAAUAAAGCUCUUAGUUUUAGUCAUUCAGACUUUUUUCAAUCAUGAAUUUAUAUAUCCUCCCAA